AUGGCCGAGCUCACCGGAGCGCAGCUGCAGCGGACCUGUGCGCCACUGUAUCCGUCCUUCGCACUUGAGUCUUUUGCCGCCCUGGUCCUGUUCUUCUUCUUUCUCUACCUGUCCAUCAUCAUCUCGACCAGGCAGCAGCUCAAGACGCCGGCAAAGUCGAUAGCCAAGUUGAUCUGGCACAGCCUCACGGGUUGGUGGGAGGACACGGUCAGAGUGCUCAGCAGGUUGAACGCGACGAUUUGCCGCCGCAUCGUCAUCGCGCUCUUGGCUCGUGACCCGUGGCUGCACAUCAACAACGUCAACGGCUUCCGGUACCUGGGCUACGCCUGUGCUUCAUCCUGGCGCCGUCUGCCGUGCUACAGGAUGUUUGAUGGGAAGCUGUGGGAGGGCGACCUCGUCCUCGACAGGAACCUCAGCUUCCUCACCACUAAAGGCUGGGUAACGCUCCCGAGCAUGGUCAUCCUGCUCUUCCUCUCCUUCGUUCAGAUCCCCGUCCUAGGCCUGCUGUACUGCUGGAAUGGCGGUGGCCGCGACGGCAGAUUCCCGGCCGGUUACCUGACGCUCUUGGCGAUCACGUCCGUCACGUGGCUCCUCUUCCCCAUCUGGUGGUUUCUGUCCUUUGAGGGCGAGGGCUACAUCCAGGACACCAAACUCAACGGCGCUGGCUUCGCUCUCCUCAACAUGACCAGCAAGGGUGCGUUCACGAUGCAGAUGCUGUCCAUGGUCAAGCGGUGGAAGCGCGACUUCGGGCCGAGCAGCUUUGGGCGGCAGACCUCGGUAGACUCCGCCGUUGCGGACCUCCAGAAUCUCUCGCCUCGCAGCAACAAAACCGAGAAGUCUGCGGACUGGAUCAUCAAUGGCCUGAAGACGUUCGAUCAGGGCAGCGAGAAUUCGCUGGAUCGGGUCCCAGGUCCGGGCCCCGAGGCGCAGGCGCCGCCACCACCCGAGAAGACGAUUGUCCUCGACACGACUUGCCUGAGCGAUGAGGUGCUUGUCUCGGAGCUGGCGAGGAGGAUCAACCUGAGCAGCGUGGGCAACACCGACCACAUCGUCGGCAAGCCCCUCGACCCCCAGGAGCUCUUCAAGCAGGCGCUGGACAAAGAGAUAGCCAUGGCGUGCUCGAAGUUCGCCUGUGAGGACGAUGAUGAGGACGACGAGGAAUGA